AUGUUCAAGAAACCUUUGGCGCAUCAGUCAAACGCGACGCCAAUACGUUCAUCUGCAAGGCGUCAACUGCUCAAUGCGAUAUUUCAGCAAUACCCUUCUCUUCUGGGUAAGCCCAUCUCGGACGGGGAACAGACACAAGGGCAAAAUACUCAAGGAGUAAUAGAAGAAGAAGGAGGAGGAGGAGGAGGAGGAGGAGGAGGAGGAGGAGGAGGAACAGGAGAUGGGAUUUCAGAAAAAGAAUUAGGCAAACUGAUCUUACCUGAAGGUGUGAGGAUAGCCAAUUUCGAGACUAGCGUUGGUGUACAGGGGACCUUCUACCUGACCCCAGAGGGUGAUCCAUUGUGGAUGACAUGCGGACGUGGUUCAAAAGAAUAUAUUCCAACUUUAUACUUGUUAUCUCUUCCAUUACCUAAUCCGGUACUACCAAUAAUUCAAAUACAUAAUCCACUUCCACCACCUAUAUUAACAGGAGCACCAUUAUUCAUCCCAGCUGUCCGCAAUCUAUCUAAACCAUAUUAUCUACCCAAUAUCCAAGAAGGAGAACUAGUUUCUUUCGUUUCGUCAACCACGAAUGGUAUCAAUGAUGUGUGUUAUAUUGGAGUAGGAAGGGUAGCUUCUCGAGGAGGUAUGAAAGGAGCCGUGAAAAGAAGGAUUGAGAAUCUUCAAAAUGGUGGUGAAAGGGAAGAAGGGAAAUUCUGUGAUAUUUUAUGUAUAAUUGAUGAUCAUUUAUGGGAACUAGGUACAAAACCUAUCUUACCAACAUUUGAUCUACCCAUACCAUUAAAACCACUCGAGUCUCCACCUUCGCAGCUCAAUCCUGGUCACAGUCAUAGUCACGAUUUUGGUCAUUCAGACGCAUCAUCUUCCUCGACUUCUGCUCCACCUGUCGAGGGAUUGACAAUAUCUGAGAAGCCAGGGCAAUCUUCAGAACCUCUUUCUCCCAGCGAAAUAUCAACCCUUCUCUCAGUAGCACUCAUCCAAUCACUCACGGCAAUACCACCUUCUUCGUUUCCCAUGCCAGCUUCACUCCUUUACUCAACGCACGUACUACCUAAUCGACCCUCAUACAUACCAGAAGAUAGGAGAGACGAUGUUGUUAUAGCCAAAAGUGAAUGGAAAAAAUUGACAAAAUGGAUGAAAGAAUUAGGUAAAGAAGGCUUACUAAAAGUUAAAGAAACCAAAGGGGAAGUUAUCGUACAAAGCUUUGAUUCAAAACAUCCCUCCAUUCAAAAUCACGUCGAGUUCACUACAAUAGCUCAAGAAGAGAUCAAAUUAGCUAAGAAAGCAGCGAGAGAAGCCGCCAAUCAGGAUGGUGAUAGUUCGGCAUCCGGUUCUGGACCUGCACAGACUGCAAGUGGUGUUGCCGGAGCAGGGAAAGGGAAAUCAAAGGAAAUGAUUAUUGAGGAACUGUGGAAACCUUCCGGGGGAGCUAUAGCCUUUUGGGAAGCAGCCGGAGUAGAUAAAUCAACCUUACAUCAACCAUCAGAAUUGAAAUCUGCAUUAGAAUCUUACCUCGUCAAGCACUCUCUCAUCCAUCCUACAGAUCAACGAUACAUCAUUCUAGAUGAUGAAUUGGGUCGAGCAGUGGGCGUCAAAAAGCCUGAACCUGGAGAGAAGAUGACAAGAGAAGACAUCACGAAGAAGUUGAGAAGUGGAGUUAGUUGGUGUAUUAGUGUGGGUGGAGUGAUCAAAAAAGGUAAUCUACAACCCAUCACAAUGACAGUGAAAACUCGCCAAGGUAGAAAAACAGUUACGCACGUAACAGGACUAGAAACCUUCAGUGUUGAUGUCGAUUCCUUCGCUGAGGAAAUGAGGAAAUUAUGUGCUGGAAGUGCUUCAGUACAACCGCUACAAGGAGCAUCACCGAAGUUGAAUUUACAAGAAAUCCAAAUUCAAGGUUCACAAGUCAAGUUGAUCACUGAAGCUUUGAUCCAUAGGGGUAUACCGAAAAGAUGGAUAAAGGAAAGUGAUGAUUCGAAAAAGAAGAAAUAA